AAGAUGGCUGUUCUCUCAAAGGAAUAUGGCUAUGUCAUGCUGACAGGGGCUGCCAGCUUCGUAUUGGUCAUGCACCUCGCGGUGAAGGUGGCCAAGGCCCGCAAGAAGUACAAUGUGGAGUAUCCAACCAUGUACAGCACAGACCCUGAACACGGACGUAUAUUCAACUGCAUCCAGCGUGCACACCAGAACACACUGGAAGUUUAUCCUGCCUUCCUGUUCUUUUUGGGCACCGGUGGAAUCUACCACCCGCGGGUUGCCACAGGGCUUGGCGUUGCCUGGAUUCUUGGGAGAGUCCUUUAUGCCUAUGGCUACUACACAGGAGAUCCCAAGAACCGAAGGAGAGGGGCCGUUGGCUCAGCUGCACUCAUUGGGCUGGUGGGCACAGGAGUGUAUUCAGCCUGCCAGCACCUGGGCUGGAUCUGCCAACAGAAUGGCUGUCUGAGGCACUAA